AUGGAGAUUCCUGUGCCACAGUAUCAAGAUUGCAUGAUGUUUGAGAAUAAUGUUGACUGUAACGGAAUUUCUGACUGCAGCUCUAUUAUCCCAGAGCUUGGCUGUGAAGCUUUCUCAUAUUGGAUUUGUAUCCCCUCAGAAUCUGACAGCAGUCGGUUAUCAGAUUGGAAUCCUUUCAGCUCCGAGUCUGACUGUCUCACUGACUCCACAGCCUACAGUCUCUCUCCAGUAUCCUCCAUUGACUCCUGCAGAUUCUCCCCUCCGAUUUUACCUCACACACCAGGUUCUGAGACCCACGGCAGCUCCUGUGAGGCCCGGAGUCUCCCCUCCCCACCCACGGAGCGGCCAGGCACAAGCCAGAGGCUGAGGAAGACCAGGCCCCGCUACCCCGGGAAGCAGAGGCAAAGCGCCAGCGAGAGGGAGAAGCUGAGGAUGAGGGGCCUGGCCAAAGCCCUGCACAACCUGAGGACCUACCUACCCCCUUCGGUGGUCCCCGCGAGCCAGAGCCUGACCAAGCUGGAGACCCUCCGCCUCACCAUCCGCUACAUCUCGCACCUCACCGAGCUGCUGAGGCUGAGUGAGGAGAGACCCUCGGAGGGCAGCGACACUGAGGGAACCUACCAGGGUUACCCUCAGGACCUGGGCUACUGUCAGGACAAGUCACAAAGUCCUCCAUCAGAGUGUCUGACGGGUGCCCCCCACCUGUUUAUGAACAAUGAGAGUUGCAUACCAGCAGAUUUUCAAGACAGGACACUUUGUCAGAGCUUCACAGAAAACACAGAAUCUGCAGCUGGACUCUUGGUUUCCAUGGCAACAUUAGGACCUCAUCGUCUCGUCAUGAGAAAUGUGCCUUAUUAAAAACUAUAUUAAUUUAAGUA